AUGGCGUGGCGUGCUGUUCCCACCUUCACUACCUCACCCGCGCUCACGCUGUUACUGCUUGCCUCGCGUGACACCACAGAGUAUGCAGCCAAGUACGGUCUUCCAAGCGAGGGCAAUGUGGUGCACAAGGCUGGAUACAUUGCCAGCCUCAACUACCAAACACGCACGCCCAACUGGGUGCUUCAACACUUGACAAAGGACCUGCAAGAGGAGGUGCAUGCACAUCGGUCAUCGUUCCCCUUCUUCGAGGAUGAAGCAGUGCCGUCCCUCUUCCGCGCACAGCUGCGCGAUUAUCAGCGCUCGGGCUUCAGCCGCGGUCACCUCGCCGCCGCCUCAGACAACAAGUUCAGCGAGGCAGCCAUGCGCGAUUCAUUUGCGCUGUCCAGCAACAUUGUUCCACAAGAGAUGUCCAUGAACGGCUGUGACUGGCUGCGGCUUGAACGCAUGUCGCGUGGCUUGACCAACAAGUUUAAGCACGUGUUUGUUGUGAGCGGGCCGAUGUACCUUGCAGAGAGGGAUCACACAAACAACUGUAUGGCUGUCCGAUACCAGGUUGUCGGUCCAAACCAGGUCGCAGCACCAACACACAUGUUCAAGGUCAUUCUAGCGGAGAACGACCAGGGCGAGGACCGCGCCGUUGCAGCCUUUGUGAUGCCCAACCGGCCCAUCCGCGACAACGAGCCGCUCUACCGCUACCAGGUGCCGUUGGUCGAGCUCGAGCGCAGCACGGGAUUGCGCUUCUUCCCAAAGUUGGACAGGUCCGAGUUGACCCGCGACGUGUGUGUCACCGCCGGUUGUGAGCAUGUCGGUGACGAGCGUGUGCUGGCGUGGCGCCGCUUCGGUCUGCUCAAGAUUGCACGCAACAUUGAGGAGCUGGACAGUGUCUGGGCGCAGUGCGAGCAGACUGGGUUUGAGCGCGACUGGGUUCGAAACAUGUACAAACGCGAGUAUGACAAGCGCAAGGCGCAGCUCGAGCGUGGCGCCAAGUAA